AUGGAAGGCGGACCAGCGCAAGCAUGGCCGCCGAGGAAGGGGAGCGCUGAUGAGCUGAGGCCGUCGAAGGUGGAGGAGCACUCCGCCCGCACCGCGACGCCCAGCUCGUCCAAGGAUGGCCUCCGCGACGCGGCCAGCACGCUGGAUCGCCCCAGCGGCACGGAGCGUCUCAGCGGCACGGACAGACACAGCGGCACGGACCGGCCCAGCAUCAUCUCCAGCGGCACAAGCAACCGCAGCGGCGGAGGCGGAGGCGGAGUGAACGGCCUGGGCGUGGCAAAGGCGGGCUCCGUGGGCAGCCUCGGCCGGGCGAAGAGCGCGGCGGCGAGCGCUUCGGCGAAGACCAUCAAGACCCGCUGCAAGGUGAUGAUGGCGCCGGUGAAGAGGCUUUGCUCCUUCAUUGCGGAGCACAAGGCCUACGUCUUCGUCGGCACCUUCAUCACUGUCUGGGCACUGCUAGGAGACGACCUGAAGCUGCUCACCACGGAUAAGCCCGCGGACGGGCUCUUCGAUGGCCUGGUGGUCUUUUGCAUCGUCUUCUUCUCCUCUGAGGUUCUCAUUUGCUGCCUAGGCAAGGAUGAUUACUUCAUGAGCUUCUUCUUCGUACUAGACGUGGGCUCGACGCUGACGCUCUUCAUGGAUCUCACCGUG